AGGGAGGAAGGAAGGGAGGAGGAGAUGGAGGAGGAACGGCGGCGAGCGCCGAGCACCCCGCCGCGGCCGCCCUCCGCGCGCCUCACCCGCCGCCGCUGUUGGUUGGAGCAUUUGACAUUGUGCAGCAAAGAAAUGGUUAUGGAGAAGCCCAGUCCGCUGCUUGUAGGGCGGGAGUUUGUGAGGCAAUAUUACACUUUGCUGAAUAAAGCUCCAGAAUAUUUACACAGAUUUUAUGGCAGGAAUUCUUCCUAUGUUCAUGGUGGUGUAGAUGCUAGUGGAAAACCCCAGGAAGCUGUUUAUGGCCAAAAUGAUAUACACCACAAAGUGUUAUCUCUGAACUUCAGUGAAUGUCAUACCAAAAUUCGCCAUGUGGAUGCCCAUGCCACCCUGAGUGACGGGGUGGUGGUCCAGGUCAUGGGCUUGCUGUCUAACAGUGGACAGCCAGAGAGGAAGUUCAUGCAAACCUUUGUUCUGGCUCCUGAAGGGUCUGUUCCAAAUAAAUUUUAUGUUCACAAUGAUAUGUUUCGUUAUGAAGAUGAAGUGUUUGGAGAUUCAGAACCUGAACUUGAUGAAGAAUCAGAGGAUGAAGUAGAAGAGGAGCAAGAAGAAAGGCAACCAUCUCCUGAACCUGUACAAGAAAAUGCUAACAGUGGUUACUAUGAAGCUCACCCUGUGACUAAUGGCAUAGAGGAGCCUUUGGAAGAGUCCUCUCAUGAACCUGAACCAGAACCAGAACCAGAAACAAAGACUGAAGAGCUAAAACCACAGGUGGAGGAAAAGACCUUAGAAGAGUUGGAGGAGAAGUCUCCUCCUCCUCCCCCCACAGAGCCUGCCUCUCUGCCUCAGGAGCCACCAAAGGCUUUCUCCUGGGCUUCAGUGACCAGUAAAAACCUGCCUCCUAGUGGUACUGUUUCUUCCUCUGGAAUUCCACCCCAUGUUAAAGCACCAGUCUCACAGCCAAGAGUUGAAGCUAAACCAGAAGUUCAAUCUCAACCACCACGAGUCCGUGAACAGCGGCCUAGAGAGCGACCUGGUUUCCCUCCUAGAGGACCAAGACCAGGCAGAGGAGAUAUGGAGCAGAACGACUCUGACAACCGUAGAAUAAUCCGCUACCCAGACAGUCAUCAACUUUUUGUUGGUAACUUGCCACAUGAUAUUGAUGAAAAUGAACUGAAAGAAUUCUUUAUGAGUUUUGGAAACGUUGUGGAACUUCGCAUCAAUACCAAGGGUGUUGGGGGAAAGCUUCCAAAUUUUGGUUUUGUGGUUUUUGAUGACUCUGAACCAGUUCAGAGAAUCUUAAUUGCAAAACCAAUUAUGUUUCGAGGUGAAGUACGUUUGAAUGUGGAAGAGAAGAAAACGAGAGCUGCAAGAGAACGAGAAACCAGAGGUGGUGGUGACGAUCGCAGGGAUAUCAGGCGCAGUGAUCGAGGUCCCGGUGGUCCCCGUGGAAUCGUGGGUGGCGGAAUGAUGCGUGAUCGCGAUGGAAGAGGACCUCCUCCAAGAGGCGGCAUGGCACAGAAACUUGGCUCUGGGAGAGGAGCCGGGCAAAUGGAAGGCCGCUUCACAGGGCAGCGGCGCUGAAGCUCCACUGUUGGCAGAGUCUUGGCAGUGGUACAUUACUCAUCGUGUUUGCAUUCUUGUUAAUUUUUUUUUGGCUUUGGAAUGUGACACAGCCUUUUUGAUCAUUUCUUUGAUGUGAAAAGCAUCUUUGGUUAUCAGUUAAAUUGAGGUGGACGUUAUUUCCCAAUUUCACAACAGGAUUCACAUUGUUAAUUUAUAAAUCUAGACUUGAAGAAUUAAGGACUGAGAAAUGACCAUAUCUUAAACUGUCUACAACAAAAUGAACUUAAAAGGACAUGCCCACUGAAUUCAGGUCCUUUGAGUGUAAAAAAUAAUACUCUGCUGCACAUUUUGUUUAAGUGUUAACUGUUUCUGCCUAUUGUUGGAAACACAAAUAGUGCAAUUUGUGCAAUUGGAGAACCUUGCCUUUUUUCUUGGCUUCCCCCCAAAAUACAAACCAACAGAAACUCGUUAUGCACUCUUCAAAAUGCACUAUUGGGUACUCUGAACUCAUUAACAUUGACAUCUGCAACAGGAGGCAACAGGGAAAAAAAUCUUCAUCAUCUUUUUGAGUAGAGAAUAGUUGUGAAAGAUGAGGGCAUUUUAUCUGCUUGCUGUGCAACCAGUGUAUGUACACAUAUACCUUAACAAGACUACAAUUAUAUCCCAGAAGGAAAUCAUUUAGUUAUGAACUAAAUAACAAAAAUCAGAACUUGAGAUGCUAUGGUCUUCAACCUUAGACCAGAUUUCAUAGCUCCCAAUCUUGAGAGUUUUCUACCUGCCCCUCUUCAGCACAGGGUGGCUGGCUCCGCAACACUCCCCCCCCCCCCUUUCCUUUCUUUAAGCUGUGUACAGUGAAAAUUGUCUUUCCUGUAUUUUUGUUCUUUGGUAAUGUAAUAAGCAUGAUGGUGCCUUCUAUUAAUACAUCAUUCCAGUCUUGCUGGUAAUUUUGUACAGUAUAGUUUAUGAUUGCUGUGCUGCAAAGCCAAACAGCUGCAAAAUGUUGAAAAAAAUCAUUGGAAUGUAUUAAAAUUGCAGUAUCUUUAAAAUCAGUAAAAUUGACGCCAAUUAUUUAUCUUGUUCUUCAGUUAACAACUUUUGUAUUCUCUGUGGGAGGGAGUCUUGUGUGUUUUGGAAGGAGAGGGAAAGAGGAAGUCAGGUACUUAAGUCUCUAGUUGACUUUCCUCUUGUUACCUGUGAAUGUGCUUGGAAAAGUCAUCAACUUGAUGUACAUUUUUAGUGACAUUUUUAAAAGCAGUUAAGAUUCCAUAAAUGGCAAGUACACCUAAAGUAAGGAUACUGCAAUUUUCAGAGGAAAGAAUGGCAGCUCUGAAGUGUUUGCAUUUUUUAUGUGGGGGGCAGGGAACUGUCAUUCAUUUUGCACAAUUCUUGAACUGAUGUCAGCACCUGAGUGGCUCCUGAAUUUAAGUCUGGGAAGACACUUUUUUAUUUUUUACAUGAAUCUUUAAAACAAUUCUGUGAGCAAAGUUUGUAGCUGCUGGAUUAUUGUCUGUCUUUAUAACACGUACCAGUAAACCACAAGUAUGACACAGUUUAUUCAGUUCUGUGCUUGGAGCAAGCAAUCAGUACGUACCAGGUUCUGAUGUUUUGGCAAGAAGUGGGGUAAAAUAAGUGUGACCACUUACAGCUGCUUGUUAGCAUGGAAGACUUCUCCAUUCUGAUCUUAGUAAAAGAAACAAAAUAUGCGCUUGACAUAGUACCAAAUUGGCUUGGAAUUAUGCAACUGUUGGCUAUUUAGUAAACUAGCAAAUGACUCGUGUAUUUUGUUUAUUAUGAACUGGGCAGUAUAAGUAAAACAAAAUCUUACUUGUUUUUCUUCCCCUUCAGUGAGGUCUUCCAUGUCUGAGGAAAAGUCUUGCACUAUUGCAUAUAUUUUGGGGACACAGAUUUUUGUAGUUUUCAUGGGGCUUGGAUUUUUUUUUGUUUGUUUGAAACAGUUUUACAUUUUCUGAUGUAUAGUACUUGAAGUUCUUACUAGAAAAUUACUUUGGUGUUGAAGCUUUUAGCCAAACUACUUUUAAAGAAGUGGUUUGAUUGUCAGUGUUUUUUCCCUUGGUCCCCAAAUGUAUAUUUCCUCUAUUCUCACCAUAUAUGUAAAUAAAAAGUCUCAAUGUGUAUGUAGGUGUGUGUAUGUGUGUGUGUGAGAAACACACCUACAUACACAUAUCCAAUCCAGGAUAUUGCCCUGUAACCCAUGAAAACUGUUCUGGCACCAAAACAAAUGACAAAUGUUAAAUGUAAUAGAAAAUUAGAGCAAAGAGCCAUUCAGCUUCAGUCUUACAAUACCACAAAUGAAACAUUUAAAACAUUGUAUGGAGAAGUUUACAUGGUGAUUGCUCACCUGCAGUACUGUGGACUUUUAACAUUUUGUCCCCUUUUUAGUGAAUCAGUAAAAUAUUCACCAUUUACUGUUAAUUGCUGAUUUUAUUUUAUGUUUUGAUGGUAAUAUUCUAUCCUUACAACACUAUUGCAACCAAAUUGGCUUUACCAUCUUGGCUUUAGUAGGUAUAGAAGACAAUGGAUUACCAUCUUUAAUGCUGUAAUGUGUUAAGCAUUAUAUGCUAGUAGAAUCUAGUUUGUUUCAGGUGGAAAGUAUUCUUUUGAGUUUCCAUUUUGAAUGUGUUUGGACUAAACAAUAAACUACUGAUGUCUGCAGCAUUUA